UGUGGGGAGAGAAUUGAAGCGAGUAAAGAGACAGAAAAUUUUAUGGAUGAGAGGAUCGAGCUUUGAUUAGCUUCAACAAGACUCAACUCUCAUGUGGAGACUGUCAAGUGUUCGUAGUUGAUUUUUUUCCAUUUCAAAUCAAAUGACCCCACUCACGUUCUUCUUUAAAAACUCUUAGUGCAACCCAGCUCCUUCAGCUUCCAAUUUAGGGUUGGAGGAGCUUGAGAGAGAGAGAGAGAGAGAGAGAGAGAGAGAUGGUGAACUUUGUGACACUAGAGAAGUCAUUGUUGCAUGGGCUGAUGAAGCUGGCCGGGCUGAGAGCUCAGGUGGUGGAGAUCGAGCCUGGGACAACCGUCAACUUCUGGGCUCCAACUGAGACCUCUAAGAAAGCAAAAGUGAAAGCUCGUUCUGAAAAGGUGAAGGUGGAUUCAUCGGAGGAGAAGAAGAAGAAAACAAAUAAGCCUGCGGUGGUAUUGCUACAUGGCUUUGCCGGUGAUGGUCUCAUGACUUGGCAGUUUCAGGUGGGAGCACUGACCGGGAAGUACGCUGUCUACGUUCCAGACUUUCUCUUCUUCGGACGUUCCAUGACCAGUAGGACCGACCGGUCACCGGAAUUCCAGGCAGAAUGCAUGUUGAAGGGGCUGAAGAAACUAGGGGUGGACACCUGCACGGUGGUUGGGUUCAGCUACGGUGGGAUAGUGGGUUUCAAGAUGGCGGAGCUGCAACCGGACAUGGUGAAGUCCCUGGUGGUUACCGGUGCUGUCACGGCCUUUACGGACUCCAUCGCUGCUAAGAUGUUCGGUCGGUUGGGAUUCUCGUCGGCUUCUGAGUUUUUGCUUCCCACUUCUGUGGAGGGUGUGAAAAUCCUUUUCAAACUCGCCAUGUACAUGAAACUCUGGCUUCCUGAUCGUUUGUUCAAGGACUACCUACAGGUGAUGUUCAAUAAUAGAAAGGAGAAAGCUGAACUACUAGAAACUAUGGUCGUCAGCAGCAGCAAGGACGCCACCAUCCCCUACUUUUCGCAGAGGAUACAUAUCCUAUGGGGUGAGAACGACCAAAUUUUCAAUAUGGAGAUUGCCCAAAGCUUGAAAGAGCAACUAGGAGACAAUGCAACACUGGAAUGCAUUAAGAAGGGAGGUCACCUGGUUCACCUGGAGCGACCCUUCAUCUACAAUCAGCGUCUCAAGGCAAUUCUUGCUUCCCUGCAUACAGAUGCAGAUCAACAAUGAAGUUUACUCCUCUCAUUUCUUGUCAAUGUUUGUGUUUAGUACCACCUAUUUCCCUGCAUCGUAGAAACAUGCAUCCUAACAAUUUCUCAAUCAAAGGAACCAUGAAUAGAUGGAGUUCCCAAUAUUUUCCUCA